AUGCCCUUGAUAGGUCCAGUUUCAUUUACCGAAUUACAAACGUCAUCCACAACUGAACAAAAUGCGCCAAAGCAAACAACAGGAACACCAACGAAGCUGACUUCGAUGGCUACAAUAUUUAGACCAAGGACAGCAACAACUACAAAGCCUGAGGUGAUGGUAAUAACAACAUUAUCAACACAACCACUACAACCACCACCACUACCAUCACCACCACCACCAACAAAAACAGCAUCGUUGACAACUUUGAAGCCACAAGUUGUAAUAACUUCGAAGUUGAAGGAUGCUAGUGCCUUUGAUGCUUCAAAGAUCACAAUCGAUUCUGUCAUUCUCCAAAUCAACAAGACUAUUGGCAUUUUACCCAGUUUACACAUAGUCACUCGGCCGUCGACUUCCUCUUUACAGACUAGUGUUACACCUUCUCAAGUAAGUGCAAAACGUGUUGUUAAUGUGCCAUUUAGGUAAAUUUCUACUAUGGUGUCAGUUUAGACUAGGAGACGCCUUUUUUGCUAUUAACUUGCAUAAUUCUACUUUUUCGCUCGCAACGCGUGGCUCUGAGGAAAGAAGGACGACCGCUCGCAGACUAGUGUCAUUUAUUAUACCACUAUCAUAAUUCGUUUUGAUUGUUUUUUCUUUGGUAGUCCCAGAGAGGUUUAAAUAAAGAAGCCCAAAACCUGAAGAAUGUUAGUCGUAAUAGUAAGAUGACGUAAUCGUGGAAAUAACCUAUUGUGCAAAUGUAAACGAAAUGACUUAUUAGCUCCAAGAAUUUGACUCUUAUCUCAUAUGAUUUUUCUCUCUACUCACAAGUUUCCUUCACGCCCGAGCUCUGGUCAGAAGAGUACACAAGAUGAUCAGUCGUCUUCCGUUGGUCUCAUCUCAGGACUCACUGUCUCCAUUGCUCUACUCAUGGGCAUCAUUGUGGGGUUUAUAGUUUAUCGUCGCUGCCUUCCAAAGUAAGUUGAACCUCAGUCGUGCAGUUCAUUCUACGAUGAAAUAUGGAAAAAGCCAAUAAGUUAACCCUUGCCUCCUUACUCAAAAGCGUUUUUUUUUUCAGCCAUAUUGCUAAGUUCGUGCCUGUUUUUUUUUUUAUUCAAUUGUUUUCUUUUUUCCACCGUAUUUACAUAGACCAAUUACAUAGCUAAUAAAUUAAUCUAAUUGCGAUUUUUUAAACACAGGAAUACACCUGAUGCCGCUAUAGCAUCUACAGAGAACAAGACAGAAACCAAAAAGGUAAUCCGUGUAUACACAUCAGAUACAGUAUAGCAACUUAGAACAAUAUAUUAUGGUCAUAUGAGGUAUCCAAAACGUUAGCUCUGCGACAAUUUUAAGACCUUGAAGUAAACAACGAACAGACAAGCUUACUAUAAGUUAGUGUUAAUCUCUCUUUAACGCCAUGUCCGUGGUUCAUUGAAUCUCGUCCAAAGCACGAUGGAUUACUUUAGUAAUAAUAAAAAGUAAGUAUCACUUUCCACUAUGUUUUUUGGAAUAAUUGCAGGAGACGGUAGAGAUGGGUUGUCUUCAUAGUGCAGGUAAUAAUUAUGAAGAGGACGAUGAUGGUUACAACUGUCUUAUAAUUAACAAAAAUGGACUGGGUAAGUUAAAGUUGUUAAAUCAUUGCAGAUACGUGCAAAUAGGGUUCCUUUUUCACAAGUUAUCAUAGUUUCUUCGGCUUCUAGAUGCUAGGUUCCACGUUUACCCAAUGCUUUCUUUUUUUCAAAACGCAUCCGCUGUUACUUUACAGUUUUAAGGAGUUUAAUCACCUUUAUUGGGUUCCUUGAUUAUUCAUGUCUUUUGUAUUGGUCAUUUUACCCCCAGAAAUUUACGCAUCGAACUACCGCCUGGUUAAAGACCCGACUGCUGAUUCUGGGAACGUGUACGCCCCACUGAACAUCCCUGAUGGCCAGAAUAUCUAUGGGCAUAAACCUAUUAAACCAGAUUACAAUAUGCCACAAAAUUCAGAAGCCCCUUUACAAAACGGUCCAGUGAGCAUAGAACAACCUGUUUACAAUACCCUAGAGGAGUUACCAAUUAUUCCCGGGUACAUCACUUACGGCAAAAAACCUGUUUAUAACGUGCUGGAAGCACCUGGUCAACUUGGCGAUGCACAAAGCUCUGGUGAUUAUGGUUCCGUCCCAUCAGAAGGACAAAUUUACAACACGUUGGAGGAUCCCAAGUAUUCUGAAGUCCCUUAUGCAAAGGGCACAAAUGAGCCGAUUUACAACGUUCUUGAGGACAACCAUCAUCACAGCGCGUAG